UUUCAUAACAGAACGAGAAACAGUGCUUUUUAGACAUGAAGGAGCUUUGGCUAAAAUACGCGGUGUUGAGGAAGAAGUUCACACAAAACUUGGAAUUAUAAAAGAGCCGUAGUUGAAGUAGAUAUCCUUGGGAAGGCUUGAAGACACAAUGAGAUCUUAUGACAUAACAACUAUUGCAGAGAAUAUUAUCAAAAAACACUCAGAGUUCAAAGGAAGAAAGAUCAACCUAACUUUGGAAGUGUGGGAGGAAAUGAAAUGGUGUGAUUUUACUAUAAGAAGAGGUGGUAAUAACAACACUGUUCUUCAACAUGAGGCAGAAGUUAAACAGCUGACAGAAGUCUUGAGAGAAAUAACUAAAGAAAAUAGGAGGCUGAAGUCAUCAUUUGACACCUUGAAGGAAGUGAAUGACUCUUUAAGAAAACAGUUAAGUGAUGUAACUGAGCUGAACAAGAAGUUGGAAGGUCAAGCAAGAAAAGUACAAGCUCGUUUAGAGAAUCUACAAAGGAAGCAUGAAUUGUUAACAGUAAAGAAGUCUAAUAAUAUCUGUCAAGUGGUGCAACAAAGUAAACCUGUCAAGCAGGAAAAAGUGAUGGUAACAUCGAAAAAUGCUAAGCUACCAACGAAUUCACAAGUUUAUGAGCUCCUAACUUUUCUUAUGGAUUGGAUCUCAGACCAGCAUCUUAGCAAAAUAAAAAUACAUGAAGAAAGAGAGGACAGUCAUAAACCUCGGACUAUCGAGACCUCAAAAAAGAUCUGCACCCAGGAAAGAUGUAUGAAGCUUCUGCCUAUAGCUACUGAGCAACUCCAGUGGAUGCCAUUUGUGAAUUCCAAACUACACAUGCCUGUAAUUAAAUUUAUUUACUGGUCUAUAAGACAGUUAGACAGUGGUAUUCAGCAUGCAGCAAUGACAUCAACAAUGAGGAGACUUGGUGAAGAUAUUUUCAAAGGCAUAGUAAUUAAGGGAAACCCAGACAGUUCUUCUGAACAGUCUACAGAGAGUAAAUCAAAAUUGGCAGCUUUUUUUAAGAGUUCCUGUAUGCCUUUGAGAUUUCUCUCAACUUUAAUUGUGCUUAAAACAGUGACACAAGUGGAUUACCUGGCUCAGGCAUUUGAUUCCCUUCGAACAGACUUGAAGACAGAUGAAGGGAAGGCCUUAUUUUUGGAAUACCAGUGUGUGCCUAUUAUAUUAAGUCACUUAAAAGUAUCCAGUAGAGGUCUGCUUUCCAUUGCUCUUGAUGGAUUACUUCAGAUGACCACAGAAUCUGAUUCUGCACAGCCUUUCCUGGAAGCCUGCAGUAAUGAAUCCUUCUUCCGAACUUGCUCUCUUUUGCUUCGAAGUUCUAAGCUAGAUACUCAGAUUUUGGAAAAGCUCUGUGUGAUACUGCAAAAACUCUCCAGAAUAAAAAGUAAUAAGAAGAUGUUUGAAAUGUUUACUCUUCACCAAAUGAUCCAAGAACUGCACAGGACUACAAAUCCAGAUCAUGUUUUCCUCUGUAUAAACCUCAACUCAAUUCUGUUAAAUUUGGGAUUGUCAAGGAGUAACUCUCUUAUCUCCAGUUUAAGCACAAGUCACUAGCACUAUCAUUCAGUCUAAUUUUUGUUCUGUAUAACUUUUACCAACAGCCUAUGUUACUUGAAAUUUGGAGGGGUUUUCUUACGGUUUUGUGUAAAUUAAUGAAGCAGAACCUCAGUACUGUAUAAGUUACUCUGUAUUGUGUGGAAUCUCCUUAAUAUUUCCCUCGCUCAUGAAAAGGAAAAUGAAAAUUUGCAUAAUAUGUUAAAUGGCUUUCUUCAUUGAAAGAAAUGAAAAUAAUGCUUCUGAUCUGAAUGAUUCAUUUAUCCUAAGGGACUGGAUCACUUGAGUCAGCAGAUCAGAAAUACCACCCUUUCCUUACAGGUAUGAAUCUUGGUUUCCUUUGACUCUUCAGAGAGUUUUAUAAAUUCAUUUAUUUACUUUAUGGUUGAUAAGUAAUGGACAAGUAUCAAAUUAUCUUUUGAUAGAGUUGUAAUAUGAUUUAACAUAACUAGAUAUGUUGAAUGAGAAAUAUUUUUGGUUUAAUUUCAGAAUGUCAUAGUGGUUUUUUAUUUUUUAUAUGUAUAUGUAACAGUAUUUUAUCCUGCUUUGUAAGAAUUUCUAGUGUCACUUGGGUUGUAGCAUCUCUGCAAAUGUAAAUAAAAACAUUCCUUCAAAUGCCUGGCAAUAGUAGUCCCCAAUGUAAAAUACUUUAUUUUAUUAUUUCUGCUGUAUUUUGUAUUAAUUUGCAAUACAAUCCUCAUAGUACCCACAUUUCUUUUCUGCAUGUAAUGAAUAUACUUUCUGUCUGCCACAGUUCAGUGUUCAGAAGUUCUUGCACGUAGGGAAUAGGAUACUACUUAAAAAUUCAACUUAGUCCUCCGAUUUCUGGUUUGUGCUGUAAUUACUGAAACUCUUUAAUUAUAAAAUUGAGGCUCUGGUUAAAAUUUAAAGAUCUGCUAUAUGUUAGUUUUUCACUAAGACUGGCAGUAUAAAACUUCGGAGUGCUUUACUUCUCAGUUCCAUACUUCUUACCCCCCCACACACCUUGGUUUUCCUUUGUAUUUUUUACCAGAACUCUUUGAACUGAGUCUUUGAAGUUGAAUUCUAAAUGCAGAUAUUUUUCUAGCAAUGUGACUUGCGUUUCUGACAAGCUUUCCUAUGAAAGGAUUCUACACUACAUUUGGCACCAUGUAUGUCCAGAAGAGAGAACAAGCAGUGCGUACUCUUUGGGCAGGAAAUGAAUUCUAGGUAAUUUUUAAAUCACACUAAUAAUAGCUAAAAGCUUUUGCUAACAGUGGAUUAUGUUUUGGAAUAGGAUUUCUUCAUCAGGCAUUUCAGAAUUUUGUCAGAUUUACCCAAAGUGCAAAAACUUGCUUAUACCUUUGGCUGGAGACAAAACCCUCUUAUUUAGGAAGUGUGUUCCCAGUUCUCAUGUGCUUCUCCAUCCGCUUGGUUAUUAAAAAUACUAGAAAAUAAAUCAAAAAAAGCUAUAGAAAGUUGUUGGGUUUCCCGCAUUCCCAGGAAUGUUGAUUGUGCUUAUGGCUUUCAGCUUUCAUCACUGUGGUUUGUUAAUCUAACCUUUUUUGUGGUACCAAUUUAACACUGUGUGUUCGUCCAAUAACUGCAAAGGUAAUGCAGUAAAAGAGCAUGAUGUAGCUUUUACGAUGGGUCCCUUGUGUUUUCUGUUCAGUGGGAUUUGCAGUCUGACAAGAUGAAUCACCAAAUUUUUAUGAUCUAGAAUGUUUCUGUUAAAAUGCAAAAAAGUAUUUUUGAAUCUGUUACAUAUUAAUGCAAUUAAAUUGAUGAACUAAGGAUAAGAUAAAUGAUUUUGAUCUUAGUUAAAUUUUAACUGAGCUUUAAAGAAAAAUAGAAGUUCUUGAUUUAACAUUCAUAUAACAGUAAACGAAAAGUAUCAGCAAUA